AUGGCAGAAACGUUGGCCACAACCCCGGGCAUGCAGCCACCGGACGGCCAAACUUCAGAUUUUAACGCACCCUACAACUCACUACAGAUUGGUACGAUCAUCGCAUUUGGUAUCACAUAUUUUAUUGCGACUUCUUUUAUUGGCCUUCGCUAUUUUCAGGCCUUUAAAUUGACUAAGAAGAUUGACUUGGAUCUGGUCGCUAUUACGAUUUCCUAUGGAGUAGCCUGUUAUUAUUUCGUGACUAUCGUUAAUUUAAUGAAGUAUGGAUGGGGAAAGCACAUGUGGGACGUGUCUUUGGCAGAUCUCGUCAUGUUUAAUAAGGAACUGCUCCCCAAUACCUUGACAUAUUUAAUAUGCCCCUGCAUAACCAAGAUGGCAAUCUUGUCUGUUUUAUAUCGCAUCAACCCAUCGGCUAUCUACCGCUACAUUGUCAUGGCCGUCGCCACUUCGAUCUUCGCCUACACAUUGGCAUUAUGCAUUAUCACAGGAGGACCAUGCAAUCCUCUUAAAACGGGAACGACAAAGUGUCUGGAAAAUGUCGCUUUGUCGCAAGCGGUGCUAAAUAUCGUAUCCGACUUCGCCGUUGUGACUCUGCCCCUUCCCACAGUUCACAAUCUCCAAUUCUCUGUGAAGCAAAAAUUGACUGUCGGCUGCCUCCUAACUCUGGGAUCAGGUGUCGUCAUCUGCUCGAUCGCUCGUCUGCCAUACGUCCUUUUGCUGGAGAAAACCACCGACACAACAUACACCGAAGCCAUCCUAGGAGUCUGGUCUAUCGUCGAAGUCAACCUUGGUGUUAUUUGUGGCUGUGCCAUGCGAUUCAAGAGAUUGAUUUCAACAUACCUGCCACGGCUAUCGUUCUUCCCUUCGAGCAGUCGCAGGACUGGGAAGACAGGAAACAAAGAGGACAGCAGUAGGUUCCAGCCUAAGGACAGCAAGACCCAACACUCGUAUGAGCUUCACAGUGUACAAAAAGGGAGUACUGAUCCAUUUUUUGGCAUCAAAGGCAUUUCUGUCGAUCGCUCGUUUCAUGUGGAUGUAGAAGGCUCCGAUGAGGAUACCAGAGAUGGUGGGAGCACCCACAAUAUUUUGCAUUGA